AUGACUGAGCGCCAGCAAUUGAUUAACAGAUUAGUCCAUCUGGUAAAAACAAGUAUCUCUAUUAGAUACUAUCUUCACCUCCUUAGGAAUGAAAAAGACCCUCCUUCUAAACAGAUGUUGAAAUCUCAAUUAGAAGUGUACGCCCAAGAAACAAACUGCUCAGAAAUUACUUUUGUUAUGAAUUCUGCAAUACAACCCACCUCUAAGAUUAUUAUCGGAGGAACUCUCCUGAAAAACAAAGAACCUAAAGGAGCUUUCGGCAUCGGAAAGGGCGGCAGUGAAGAUCAAAAGAGUAACCACAGCACAAAGGCCUCUACCGAUAUGUCAAACUUCCAUUAUAAAAAUGCUCUUGUAAACUAUCAAAAAGCAAUCAAAGAAUCCAAAAAAGAUAAAUUCUACAUGCAGAGGAUGGAAGCCAACUACAUGCUUGAAAACUAUAAUGUUGCUUAUGCUCUUGCCUGUAAAACAGGAAAUCCCACACUCAAAUUCUUGAUGGCAGUUACAUCUGGACAUUUCCAAGAAGCCAAUGCAGUAAUUCCUAAUUUGAACUUGGAUGGAACCCACAAGGGAUCUGAAACUAGAGAUUUUGUCAACAAAUUCUGCUUAGUUCAGUUGAUUAUGUACGUAAAGCUUGCAACAUCACCAUCCACUGAUGUUAUUGAAAUGUUUGACAAGCUUAACCACAUCGUCCUCAACUUCAAACUUCCUCACAUCUCUAAUAUUGUCGAUGCCUUCAAAGCACAUGAUUACGGCAAAGCCAUGCAAUACAUCAACAUGCUCGAACCUAAUUUAUACGAUUCCCUUUACGCUGCUCCUGUUUCCAAGGAAAUGAUCGACGCAAUGAUCGGAAGAAAUAUUAUCAACUUCAUUUUGCCAUGCUCCCGCAUUUCCUUAUUCACAAUCUCUGUGCAGUCAUCCACAAAUAUCGCUACAGUUUGCGCUCACGUAAUAAACGCAAUCCGCGAAGGAGAAUUGACAGGAAAGAUCGAUCCUGAAACAAACGAAUACAUCCACUUCGACUCCAGAUACAGUGAAGUUGUCAAACUCUAUAACGAUCUUACAGUUAUUGAAAACAACGUCGAUAGAGCAUUGUUCAUGUUCAAUGCUAAGAAAGUUGUCACAGAACCAUAA